AUGGAGGAUCUCGAGACGUCGGCGACGCUCGAGUUCCAUGGCGCGCGAUACGUGGUGACGGUGCAGGUACAGCAGCAAAUGCUGCACGUACAGGUAGAGGCAGCAGACGCGGUCGCGGCUCCUUCGAGCGUUUGGAUGGGCAAAUUCCCAGCUUCAGACGUCGAGCAACUUACACGCCAGACGGGCAACUCAAAACGAUUCCCAGUGUUCGUCCAAAUGCUGCUCACUGCACUACACCGACGCAGUGAUACCGUAUUUGUGGAUCUCCUGACGGCCGCAGACCUGGAUCUCUACAGACAGCGCAAAUUACAGCCUGGUGCCAUCUCGGAAGGGCUACCAAGUGCUGCUACGAAUACAAACAACGGGAAACGAUACUUGAUAUUAACUUAUGCAGUCGAGUUUGACCGAGUGCACUACCCGCUGCCUUUGACUCAAGAGCUCUCGCCAUCUCCAGAAGUUUUGCAGCGGACGAUCCGAAGACUACGACAGGCAUUGGCUGAAAAAGAGAAUUUCUCAACUAACGACAGCAACACUCGACUAACCGAGGAGAACGCAGCGCUGAGAGAAGAAAACCGUUGCUUGAAAAACACAUUGAAGCAAUAUUGUGACAACACCAAUGGGAACGGGAGAAACUCGACGGGAGAACUUCAACGAGAACUUCAGGCGUCGAUUGAGGAGAAUAAAGAGCUGAUCGCACUGUAUCAGCAAUUUCAAGAAAAUUCGGCCGUGGAGACGACACGGUUAAGAACAGAGAUCAAACAACUACGACUCGCUUCUCAGCAAGAUGACCGUACGGAACUAGCGAGACAGGAGCGAGAACGACUGGAGACUAGACGCAAGAUUAAGGACAGCAACGCUGCCGUUCAGGAGACUCUGGCGCAAAUGGUGCAGCUGAAGGCGCAAUUAGAGGAGACGCAGCUUAAAAACCGCGAGCUUCUUCGUCAACUUGCAAUCGCGCGUGCGCAAGCCGGACAACACGGCACGCGGCAGCGUCCAGCGCCCAAUACUAACCGCGGGAACGAGCCGCGUUUCGCAAGGGGUCGAUCGCCCUCUACGCGUCCUGCUCAGUCUCCAGUACGAAGACAACAGCAGAGCAGCGCCGUCUUCCCGGCGCCGUUCACAGCCUCCUCCACUCACUACGGACCUUCAGACGAUGAAGACGUAGAAAGAAGCGCUCGACGCAGACCCGCGACUCGUCCAGCAUUCCGUCGCUUUGAUCCGACUGCGUAUCAGCAGGAGAAGGAACGUAAACUACGUGAAGCCCGAGCACGUUCUAACCCUCGUACGCGACUGUCUCGGUCUAAUGGAGGCUACACGUCGGAUAGCUCAGCGGGUGGCUACUCUUCAGCCGAAUCCCGAGGCUCCAAGACUUCAUCUCGUUCUACCCGAUCACGCAGCUCACGACUAUCAAGAGAGCGGCAAAGGGACGUGGAUGCUCGGCUUUCCUCCCCCAAGCGUGUCAUGGAGCCUCCUCCACUUGAUACGCGACGUCCACACGCUUCGAACAACUCUCCGUUGCCUCGUUCAGGUCGUCCCCUUAGUCGUGGACGCUCGCCGUCUCCAACGCCGUCAAAUUCUAGCAGAAACAUGCGGAACAGUACGUUAAGAGGCUCCACAGCCUCGUCACCACGCACACCUCAGCAGAUGCCUCCGCUCAAGCAGAACCCAGUCUUGAAGCGAAGGAAACAGCCACCACAGGCGCUACUGGACACGUCUGCCGACUCUUUCAGCGACAUCGACGACCGCCUUACAGCUCUACAACAAUUCCUAAGAGAGGCUAAGCAAGGAGGAGGAGGAGUCGCUGGAGCGAGCACUGCAGCGUGA